AUGAGUUUUUGCUUAGAUCAUUCAGACAAUCCAAUUAUUUUCAUUUGUACAGCGCAACACAAAUGUUAAAGAAAACUUUGUAAUGAAUGUGUUAUUGAGCAUGGCGUCAGCACGAGAUGGGCAGUCCCUAUUAAUACAUUUUCAAAAAGUUUAUAAAAGAUAUUAUCAGCAUACAAACAAAAUGACAAUUAGGACUAGUUAGCUUAAAUUAGGAUACUGUUUUAAACCCUUUACUCAGAAAACAAAAAAAUAAUGAAAGAAAUGUGGGAUGAUUUUAAGAAUUCCAUGAACUCAAUUUAUAAUAGAAUUGAGGAGCAAGAUUAGUGCUAUGUUAAGCUACUAAACGAAGAUAUUAAUUUGGAAAAUUUAUCGUAAGUAGAAAUGGAUAAUCUUGUAUCAAUAUAGCAAGGAGAACUAUUAGAUGACUGGAAUCUUUAAAAAAGUGAUUAUAUUAAGAAAUUGAAUAAAGCUAAGGAGUUGUUAGAAAAAGAAAUGAAGUUUAUUAGUAAUAAAUUAAAAUUCGAAAUAAAGGAGAUUUAAAACAUGUUUAAGUAAGUCUAUUUGCCAAUAUCCUUAUAGAAUUGAAAAAAAGGAGUCAUACUUAUGGGAAGAAGGCACAAAAACAUAUACAGGAAUAUAUUGGGUUUAUGAUGAGCCAACUUCAUAAAGAAGUACAAAAUUGCAAGUCAACUUUACAUAGAACUAAGAAAUGUAGUAUUUCAGAGAUGGAUCUAUGAUAAGAACGUAAGAAUCGUUAAUAUUUAUUUAGAGAUAAAAUUCAAGAUACUAAAAGGAAGCCAAAAAUUUUAAUUAAUUUAGAAUAAAUCUAGUAUCUUCAAUGGCAUGGAAAAUAUGGACAUAAUAAUCAAAAAGUAGGAAAAUGGAUUGCAACAUGGAAAGGUGAAUAAUUAUAAGGUGUUGGUGGAGAGUACUCUGAUGAUGGCGAAAAAUAAGGUUUAUGGAGAGAUAUGAUAAAAAAUUAUUGGAGGUAACCUAAUCUAUUUUUAUUGUAAGUCAAGCUCAAAUUUUGGAAGAAGGUGUGUAUAUUGGGGGUUUAAGGAAUGGAAUUUGGAAAUAUAUUUAUGAAAAUAAAGAGAUGUAUUAAUAAUGCAUUAUUUAGCUGUAGUGGUGGUGGCGACUAUAAUAAAUAAGGAUUAAGAAAUGGAAAAUGGAUUUAGUUAAGCGAGGGUUUUUGGAAUUAGUCGUAAGUUAAGUACAUUGGUAGAUAUAAAAAUGGGGAUAAGGUUGGUAGAUGGGAUAUUUGUAAAUUUGGUGGAAUUUAAAUGUAAAAAAAAUUUCUAAUAGUGGAUGACAAAAAGUGGUGGUGGAUUAUAUGAUGAAAUAGGAAAUGGAAUGAAAUUGGGUCCAUGGGUAGAAAUUUCGGAAAAUUAUGCAUGGGAAUCAUAAGUAAUCUAUUAAGGAGGGUAUAAAAACGGUUAAAAAGUUGGUAGUUGGAAGAUUUGGUAUAUUAAGGAUGCAGAAAAUAAAUAAAAAGAAAUAAUGUAACUAAACUAUUAUUUAGUUUAUCAUUGAAAAAUUAACUUAUAUUAGUGGUGGUGGAUUAUAUGAUGAAGAAGGAGAUGGAUUAAAGUUAGGUGAUUGGGUAGAAAUAGCAGAUAAUUUCUGCUCCAAGUCUCAAAUUACCUACAAAGGAAGAUAUAGAAAUUCUAAAAAGGCUGGUCGAUGGGAUAUUUGGUAUAAGGAUAUGAGAACACAAAACGAUAAAAAAAUGUAACAAAUAUAUUAUAGAGUUUUUAACAAUAAUAAUUUUGAAUAUUAUUAUAUUAGUGGUGGUGGAUUAUAUGAUGAAGAAAAUGAAGGGAUUAAAUUUGGUUAUUGGGAGGAAAUAUCAGAUUAUUUUGGAUGGGAAUCUAAAGUGACUUACAAGGGUGAAUAUAAAAAUGGUAAAAAAGUUGGUAGAUGGGAUAUUUGGUAUAAGAAGGACUAUGAGGAUUAACAAAAUGAAAAAAUGUAAAAACUAUUAUUUAGUUUGAAAAAUAAUUAUUUUAAAAAAAAUUAGUGGAGGUGGAUUAUAUGAUGAAGAAAAUUAAGGGUUUAAAAUCGGUAAUUGGACAGAAAUACUAGAUAAUUUUAGUUGGGAAUCUAAAGUUACUUACAAUGGUGAAUAUAAUCUAGGUGAAAAAGUUGGGAAAUGGGAUAUUUGGUUUAAGUAUAAAGGAAAAAAUUAAUAGAUGUAAAAAUAUAUUAUUUAGUGUAAUAAUAAUAUUACGUUGGGAACAAUUAGUGGUGGUGGAUUCUAUGAUGAAGCAGGUAAUGGAUUUAAGUAGGGCAAUUGGAUCGAAAUUUUCGAUAAUUUUUGGGAUUACUCUCAAACAACAUAUAGUGGUAGAUAUCAAAAUGGUAAAAAAGUGGGUAGAUGGGAUAUUUGGUUGAAUUACGCAAGUAAGAAAGAAAAGAUGUAAUAUAUUAUAUUUUAUUUAUCAAAAUAUUAAAUUACCUAAAAACAUUUAGAGGUGGAGGAAAUUAUGAUGAAUAAGGUUAUGGAGUUAAAUUGGGUAAUUGGGAGGAAAUAUCGAAUAAUUCGAACUUUUCCUCUUUAUUAGUAUUCAAAGGUGAUUAUACAAAUGGUUAAAAAGUUGGUGUUUGGGUGGAAAUGUAGAGAGAUUUAAAUAACAUGAUAGAAGAAUUCAAAAAAGUCAAAGAAAUUAAAUAUAAUAAUUGA